CACACACUGACUGGUCUUACUAAUGCAAGGAUCUAUACCAUAUCAAUUGUAGCCACAUCAUCAACAGACCUAGUCAGUGAAAGUGUUGCUACUACCACUGUUCGCUUGGUUCCAUCUGCUCUUGUUCUGUAUACAUCUCCAACAGCUACAGACACUACCAUCACUAUUGCUGGUAGUGUUCCCACUGGAUCAGUUGUGACUGGCUUUGUAGUCCAUUGGCAGAGAGACACUUCAGUUGGCUGCUCCCCUUCAAAGCAGCGGUUUUUUACUGUGAAUGAAGGUUUUAGUGGUUCGUACGAAAUAACUGGACUAGAGCCAGGGAAUAGGUACACCAUUACUGUGACAGUCUUCAAUACAGCUGGCCGUGCUCCAGUCAGUAAUGCUGUAACUGCAACAACUAUGCAGACAAGUAAGAGGCUCAGUCUAUAUUGUGUGACUUAUUCAUUGUUGUUCUACACAGAUCCUACAGGACGUCCCACUUCAGUCAGACGUGGUACAGUCACUGCAAGUAGUAUUACUGUCCAUUGGGGAGAGGUGUCUUGUCUUGACCGCAAUGGAGAGAUAACUGGUUACAGAGCACAG